GCAAUUUACAUUAUUUGAUUUUUCCUCACCAGGAAGUUGUAAGCAGCUGCCUAUAAAUGGAACUUGCAACUAAUGAGAAAUUAAUUAGCAGAAAGUGAAGAGGCCAGAUUUAUCAUGAUGGCCGGUUUAAGGUUCCAUUUCUGUUUCUUGGUUUUGUGUGCAAGCCUUAUUAUUCCAACCCAAUGCCUUGGAGACAUCUGCCUGCCGGAGGAACACGUUGCCUUGUUCAUUUUCGGGGAUUCAUUAUUUGAUGCCGGAAACAAUAAUUAUAUCAACACCACCACUGAUUUCCAGGCAAAUAUUUGGCCGUAUGGGGAGACCUUCUUUAAGUACCCCACCGGCAGAUUUUCUGAUGGCCGUGUGAUUCCAGAUUUCAUAGCUGAGUAUGCAAAGUUGCCAUUGAUUCCACCCUAUCUACAUCCUGGUUAUCCUCGAUAUACUGAUGGGGCUAACUUUGCAUCUGGAGGAGCUGGUGCUCUCGUCAAAACUCGUCGAGGAUUUGUGAUAGACCUACACACCCAACUCAGUUAUUUCAAGAAGGUGGACACGCUGUUGAAGCGCAAAAUAGGUGAAGCACAAGCCAAGAAAUUGUUGUCCAAAGCUAUUUACUUAUUUAGCAUUGGAAACAACGAUUACUUUGCCCCUUUCCUUACAAACACCAGUGUGCUUCAAUCCUACUCUCAUGAAGAAUAUGUAGAUAUGGUGAUUGGCAACGUGACAACUGUGAUCGAAGAAAUACAUAGGAAAGGAGGAAGGAAAUUUGGGUUUGUAAGCUUGGGACCGCUGGGUUUGGUUCCAAUUACGAAAGCAUUCACACCAGAAAAUAGGGAGGAACUUACAGCACUGAUUACACGGCACAAUAAAGCAUUUUCUCAUGCCCUCCAGAUCCUCGCGAGCCAGCUGAAAGGAUUCAAAUAUUCAUAUACCAAUCUCUACAGUUUUAUUACAGAAAGAAUGAAUAACCCUUUAAAAUAUGGUUUCAAGGAAGGGAUGAUGGCAUGUUGUGGAACUGGUCCAUACAGAGGAAUUUCAAGUUGUGGAGGGAAGAAAUCAGUGAAAGAGUAUGAAUUAUGUGGAAACGCCAGUGAAUAUGUGUUUUUUGACGCCGUUCAUCCCACUGAAAGGGCCAACCAGCAACUAGCCAAGCUUUUCUGGAAUGGAAAUCUUGAUGUCACGUGGCCUUACAAUCUAAAAGCGCUGCUUGAGCAAAAGUGAAGGGAGGGAGAUUAAUUAAUUAACUCGAUCACAAACUGCAAUUGCCUUUGUAUGCUGAGUAUUUUGGAAGAAGCAUUAAAGUAAUAAGGAUUGGUUUUUCAAACUCUGUUUUAGUUUCUCACGAUAUCUACAGUCGGCCAAAUGCUGUUAAAGUAUUGAUUAAGUGAUUUAUCUGUUCUUAUGAACUUAAAUUUUUGAGACAAGUAGUAAAUUAA